AUGGUCGAAGUCGUCCAGGACCUGCUGGACUACGUCACAUAUGCGGGCGGUGUCGGUCGGCGGCGGGCCGAUGCAGUCAGUGGUGUCGGAUCCGUGAAAGCCGGUGCCCACGAUUGCGCCUUCGUCGCCGACGAGGACACUACGGACACACACGGGCCGAAGAUUUCUCCACUCCAGGAUAUCGUUUUCGACGAGGUUCUCGACAGGCCGUUCGCAGAAAAGGAGUACGGAGUACGCUUACUCGAGCUGUCACACCGCGGCGAGCGGCUGAUGGCAGAGUUGGCCCAGAAGUACGACCAGGUCAACCGCCUGGUCGAGCAUGAUCCGCUUUGGCGGAGCAGGCUGCUCCCCAGUUUGCUGCGGAAGGUCUGUGAAGGUCUGCGUCGAGUGCAGCUGAUCCUUGCCCGCGAGCUACAAGAGGUGUGGAAGAUGACAUUUCAGCCGCUUUUCUAUCCCGCGGAGAUCGAGACCUUGACGGAAGCGUUGCCGGGAGGUUGGUUGGACCUCGAGGACCUCUUCCUCACCGUGCAUCUCUUGCUCAGGUAUCUGUCAGAGAUGAUGCGGCUGGCCGGCGAUCUGGUGAAGGAAGUCCCAAACACGCGGGCGAUGUCUCGGAGCCAGAUCAGGGACGCCGCGAAUCGUCCAGAAGUCCAGCGGCUCGUCCGACACGCAGCGAGCAAGCUGCCCUUUUUGGGCAUUGCCUUUGGUGACCGCGAGGGACCAGGCGAGCAUCUGGGCCCAGCAGAGGCGGCGGAGUCACCCUUGAGUGAGGCUCUGGCAAUACUGAACGAGGUCCUUAUGGUCGAGAUGCAGGACUUGCUCUCUGACCUUCACAGAUCCACCUACAGGGCAUUCAUUCGUGUCGUCGCAGCGUAUGCGAGAUGGAAGAAGACCUGUAAAGAGGCGAGAAAAGCGAAAGCCGCGGAGGUCAAGGCUGCGAUAGACAAGCAGAAUGCGGCCGCCCGCAAGAUGAGAAGUCUUCGGAGCGUUGUGAAUAUGGAAGAUGACGAUGACGAUGGUGGUUCGGAAGAAGACUCCCACGCAGCUGCCUCUUCAAGCGGCCGGAAAGUUCAAGUUCCGAAAGCACCUCCUGCUCAGAGGACCGAGCCUGCCAGAGCCGAGUCGGAGGCCGGUCGCAUGGGGCGACGGCGAGGAUCCGUCUACACAAAGACUACGCAGAGCUCUGAAAGCCACAGUGGCCACGGUGCGUCGGAAGGGAAAGGAGGAUCCAAGGAAGCAGGCCAUGUCGUGCCUGCUCCGGCUGCACCAACUGCUGAGAGGAUAGAAAGUCACAAGGAGCGAGAGGUGAAGCCACCGGAGGGAGCACCGGUUGGCCGUCGACGUGGCAGUGUCUACGUCCAGCCUACGCAGCCCGGUAGCUCUGAUCUGAACAAGCUGGACUGA